CAAAAGUUGUGCAAAUGUCAAACGGGUCAAGUGGAAAUGUUAUCGCCGGCAAAACUUGCUUUUAUUUGCAAAUAUUUUCCCUAUUCGAUUUGUACCGGCCUUCAGCAAACACGUUUGUUCGAUAGUCUUGUGAAAAUGACGACUGAGCCUAAGAUGGUGACUGAGAAGAAGCGUAUUUUGGAGUUACCUUUAGAAGAAAAAAGAAAAUUAUACAGAUCACAAGAUUUUCUUAUUGUCGAUAAAGUAGAUCCGUGGUGCAACUAUGUGAUCAGGAAUAAGCAUCUGGCAACAAAAAAACAUACUUUGGAUGACCUCAACGAAUUUAAGAAAAUAACAUUGGACCCCGAAUUGAAUAAGAAAUUAUCUGAAAAGGUGUCUAUUUAUAAGGGAGAUAUAACUAAGUUGGAGGUGGAUGCCAUUGUGAAUGCUGCCAACUCCUUGUUGAGGGCAGGAGGUGGUGUUGAUGGAGCCAUACAUCGUGCUGCUGGACCGCUGCUUCAGCAAGAAUGCAACACUCUUGGUGGAUGUCCUACAGGGCAAGCCAAAGUGACUGGAGGAUAUGACUUGCCUGCUAAAUACGUAAUCCACACAGUAGGCCCUCAAGACGGGUCAGCACCUGCUCUGCAGAAAUGCUACAUAAACAGUCUGGCACAUCACAAAGAGUACAAUAUCCAGACCAUAGCGUUUCCAUGCAUCUCCACGGGAAUAUACGGCUUCCCUAACCGUCUUGCUGCACAUAUCGCGCUACAAAUCGCCAGACAGUUCCUCGAAAAGAACGAAAAAUUCGAACGGAUCAUAUUCUGCACAUUCAUGCCCAUUGAUAUCGACAUCUACGAGACUUUAUUGCAAAUGUAUUUCCCUGUACAGGAAUGGAAUUACAAUGAUGGCGCUUCAGCCACUGAGAAAGGUGAAUAAUGUUUUAAAGACUGUUUUUGGAGUUUGAAAGAAUGAACGCCCACUUUUUAUGUCGCUGCGCGUAAGCCACAGCCACAUGUGCGACUAUGGUUUUAACUGAAAUAAUGACAUAAAUUGUCGCAUCUACUACAUUGACAACUUUCUUACUUUUAUAUAAUAUAUUAUCAUGUAUGUUUUGGUUUUAAACCUUUAUUUGUUAACUUUAGAUAUAAUCAAUAAAAAUAUGUGUAAGUCAUACAA